UAGAUAAACUGAAACUUGUAAGCGGUCCUUCAGUCAUCCGCAGCUGCACUUCUGUGAGUGGUGCUCAGCCUUGAAUAAAACACAAAUUUUGGGAUUUGCAGGAAAACAAAAUCUGUUGAAAUGGCUCUGCAUCACCAACCGCAGUUUUUCAAGCUAAUGGUCCCAUAUAAAAGCAUCAUCCGUGGUGGACUUCAGCCUGGCAAAGCCAUCAUCGCCCAAGGAAUCGUCAAUUGCCAAGCGAAUAGUAUUGAGUUUAAUCUGCAUCACAAAUUGGGAAUUGCGUUUCACUACAAGCCUCGUUUUGAUGAGAAUGUGGUUGUUCGCAACACUUUUGAAAAUGGGAAAUGGGGUGAUGUGGAGGAGAGAUCUGGACCCAUGCCGUUCAAAAGAGGGCAGCAGUUUCUGGUGACAAUUUUAUGCAGUUGUGAUCAUUACAAGGUGUUUGUCAAUGGUGAAGAAACUCACACUUACAAACAUCGCUUCACUAAACUGGGGGAGAUUGAUGUUUUGGAAGUUGGUGGAGAUUUGGAGCUGACCUUUGUGCAGCCCUAACAGGGAAUUCAUCCAGAUCUAAUAAAAAUAGAUGUAAAUCUAGAUAAACUUACAUGCAAAAAAUACUCAAGAAAAAAAAAAAAAACACAUUUAUAUGUAUCAAUCUACACAUUACCAUGUAAAGAUGUUUCAAUCUUGAUCUGAUACCCAUGUGAUUGUCCACAGCUUCAGUGAUGGUAAUCAAUAAAAAUUAAUAAAAAGA